AUGCUAUUCGACUCUUUAUCAACAAAGCUUAACUUAAUCAGAGUUUAAGCACCACUUUUUAUUCCCGCAGGUACUGGUUUCUAAGAUAUACGCUUAUCUGAAAAUAAUAAGAUGGCUUAGAUAAAUUUCUAAUAUUUUUAGUUGCCUGGAGUUCAUCUGGAAAUUUUUCACUCGUUAGCCAAAAGGAGGAGAUAAAUUUUAUCUCUUCAUGAGUUUGAACCAUAUAGUGGAAUCUAUGCAGAAGGUCAUUUUAUGAGAGUUAUUGAGCCCGAGGUUACUCCCACUCACUCUUUUCUUAAACAAGUAGAAGAAAACCUUGCAAAACGUUACCCUAAUUAAAUUGAUAGACAACUCCCAGAAAAUAUUAGUUUUAUACACUCUUAAGAGCUUGAGGAAUAAUUUCCAGGCAUUACACCAAAAGACAGAGAGGUCGCGAUCACGAAGGAGUUAGGUGCCGUAUUCCUCAUAGGUAUUGGCCACCCUCUACCUUAGAGCGGUUAGCCUCACAGCAAGAGAAAUUCAGAUUACGAUGACUGGUGGACUCAGAGCAACAGUAUAGGGUACCGAGGUCUCAAUGGAGAUAUUCUAGUUUGGGAUUCAACUUUAGAUACAGUUUUAGAAAUCUCAUCAAUGGGUAUACGGGUUAGCUCGGAAUCUUUAGAAUAGCAAUCAAUUAUUCAAGGAACCUGGGAAUACAUUAAAGAAUUGGACUAUCACAAGUCUAUUGCAGGAGAAAAAUUUGUAUAUUCAAUUGGCGGUGGAAUAGGUAUUGAUAGAGUCCUUAAGUGUAUACUGAGAAAAAGACAUAUAGGAGAUAUUCAAGUUGGAGUUUGGCCAGAGGAGGAGUUGAAUGCGCAUUAUGAAUAUCUUAGAUGA